AUGGCUGUGAGCAUGGAUGAUGACGUUCCCCUCAUCCUCACCCUGGACGACAGUGGAAGCAGUGCCUCAGCCCCUCUUGAUGACCUGGAUCGGGAGGAGCUGCCUAACGAAAAUGGAGGUAGCUAUGACGUUAUUAAUGAUGCAUCCAGCCCUGCUGCGGGGGAUUGCUGUGCACAGCAAAGCUCUGCCCGACACAACUGGGAAAUGAACUACCAAGAGGCAGCAAUCUACCUCCAGGAAGGAGAAAAUAAUGAUAAAUUCUUCACUCACCCCAAAAAUGCCAAAGCACUUGCUGCCUACCUCUUUGCACACAAUCACCUUUUCUACCUAAUGGAGCUGAGCACAGCACUGCUUCUCCUGUUGCUAUCUCUCUGCGAGGCACCAGCUGUUCCUAUGCUCCGUCUUGGCAUCUUUGUCCAUGCAACCCUGGAGCUGUUUGCGUUAAUUGUGGUAGUCUUUGAACUCUCGAUGAAGAUGAGGUGGCUGGGCUUCCAAACUUUUAUCAGGCACAAAAGGACUAUGGUAAAGACUUGCGUGCUGUUUGUACAGUUCAUAGAGGCCAUCGUGGUGUUGGUGCGCCAAACCUCGCACGUCCGGAUAACAAGAGCUCUGCGCUGUAUCUUCUUGGUGGACUGCCGUUACUGUGGUGCCGUCAGGAGAAAUCUGCGACAGAUUUUCCAGUCUCUCCCACCAUUUAUUGACAUUCUUCUCCUCCUGCUUUUCUUUAUGGUGAUUUUUGCCAUCCUGGGUUUUUACUUGUUUUCUCCUAACCACUCAGAUCCGUACUUCAAUACCUUAGAGAACAGCCUCGUGAAUCUCUUCGUGCUUUUGACCACUUCAAAUUUCCCUGAUGUGAUGAUGCCAUCUUAUGCCCGGAACCCCUGGUCCUGUGUCUUCUUCAUAGUGUAUCUCUCCAUUGAGCUGUACUUCAUCAUGAACUUGCUUCUUGCUGUUGUGUUCGACACUUUCAAUGACAUCGAGAAGAGGAAGUUUAAGUCCUUGCUGCUGCACAAGCGCACGGCCAUACAACAUGCCUACCGCUUGCUGAUCACCAAACAGAGGCCGUCUGGAAUUUCCUUCAAGCACUUUGAAGGGCUGUUGCGGUUUUACAAGCCUCGGAUGUGUGCCAGAGAGCGAUAUCUCACUUUCAAAGCACUGAAUCAAAGCAAUACUCCUUUAGUCAGUCUAAAGGAUUUUUACAAUUUCUAUGAAGUUGUUGGCUUAAAAUGGAAGGCAAAACGAAAUCGCGAGCACUGGUUUGAUGACCUUCCACGGACAGCAUUCCUUAUUUUUAAAGGCAUCAACAUCCUUGUGAAGUCCCGCGUGUUCCAAUACACCAUGUAUACGGUGGUGGCUGUGAAUGGAAUUUGGAUUCUUGUUGAAACAUUCAUGCUGCAAGGAGGGAAUUUCUUCUCCAGAAACGUCCCAUGGAGCUACAUAGUCUUCCUCACAAUCUAUGGCGUGGAGCUGCUCCUGAAGACCACUGGACUGGGGCCUGUCGAGUACCUGUCCUCGGGUUGGAAUCUCUUUGACUUCUCGGUCACGCUGUUUGCAUUUUUGGGGCUCAUGGCACUGGCGUUUAACAUGGAGCCAUUCUACUUCAUUGUGGUCUUGCGACCCCUUCAGCUGCUGAGGCUAUUUAAAUUGAAGAAACGCUACAGAAAUGUCCUGGACACUAUGUUUGAGUUAUUCCCCCGGAUGGCCAGCCUGGGUUUAACCCUGCUGAUCUUCUACUAUUGCUUUGCUAUUGUUGGCAUGGAGUUCUUUGCUGGCGUGGUCUACCCGAACUGCUGCAACACAAGCACAGUCGCAGAUUCCUACCGCUGGGUGAAUCAUACAGUUGGCAACAAGACGGUUGUGGAAGAAGGUUAUUACUAUCUCAACAACUUUGACAACAUUUUGAACAGCUUUGUCACGCUGUUUGAGCUGACAGUCGUCAAUGACUGGUAUAUCAUCAUGGAAGGGGUGACAUCCCAAACCACUCACUGGAGCCGUCUUUACUUCAUGAUCUUCUACAUUGUGACCAUGGUGGUGAUGACAAUCAUUGUGGCUUUUAUUCUGGAUGCUUUCGUCUUCCGCAUGAACUACACUCGGAAGAACCAAGAUUCAGAAGAAGACAACGGCAUUGUGCUGGAGAAGGAGAUCUCCAAGGAGGAAGUGGUUGGCAUAAUCGAGCUGUACAAGCGGAGUUCAUCUGCCACUGAAACCGCUCAGCUGCAGAAGAUCGUUUUGCAGAUGGACAAAUACGGGCAAAUGUCAACACUGUUUCUGGGACGCAGAUCAAGGACCAAGAGUGAUUUGAGUAUGAAGAUGUAUGAGGAGGAGAUACAGGAAUGGUAUGAAGAGCAUUCCAGAAAAGAGGAAUCUCCGACACCAUUGCAAGAGCCUGCAUCUGCUUCCAACAGCUCUCUGAAGCCCCUGAGCCGCCGACAACGCUCCCAGACUGUCAUUUAGGCCUAGCUAACGCAAGCCGCCUUCUAUGCAAUAACCUAGAGUAUUACUUCACAGCGUAUAUGUUGGGAUGGUGUAUAUAGAUCUGUUCAGUGUACUGUUUGGCUUUAGGGUUUAAGUCUCUUCCCCUAGGCAGUGAA